AUGGUAGCACAUGGCACCCGUGGCUGUAGCGCCUUCUACCUUGAGUUCUCCUUCAACCUCCCUCCUCCCUCCUUCCUCCUCCUCCUCCUCGUUCACCCGUUGUCAUACGCUAUCGCACUUUCAGCGAAGACAACUAACUCCCAGAUCGUUGCAUGCAUUAGAACUAAUAUCAACUCAGAAGUCCAGCAGGUUUCUGAAGACUCUGAGCAGUCAAACGACGACAACGACGACCUCAAGUCUUGUCCUACUCUGCUCAACCAAUCCCUCUUCCUCUUCCCUAUAAACAGAAUCAUAAUACUUCAAAUUCUUGCCAUAAUGAUUACCCUCAUGCACAUUCUCGUCUUUUCAACAGGCGCUUUACCAAACAACAUCCUCCUCAACACCUUCAACAAUUAUAACCCCCCCAAUUUCUAUUCCAACUCCUCCAAGCCCUAUUUCUAUUCCAUCCCCUCUCCCUCGUGCGACAUCGUCGGCGAGCACUUGCUCCUACAGGGUGACCCAGUUCGCCCUUGCGUUCUCGCUCCAAUAGACUUGAACACAGCCAAGGAAUUCCAAGUCGUUCGCAGGCUAGGAACAGGCAGUUACGCCGUCGUCUAUGAAGUCAAAGAGAUCCUUUCCCGCCCCCCAACAAUCCCCGUCAGCGAUGAUGGUCACGUCGGCAUCCUCGACCUCGAUCCCACCCCGAGUCUACCAGUCGUCUACGGAAGGAGCUUUGCUCUCAAGGUCCUCUCAAAGGCAAACCUCGACUCUGCAGCCCUCACCGCCCAGCUCACUGAAGUCACAAUACACCAGUCCCUCUCCCCUCAUCCUAAUAUCGUCACCCUCCAUCGUACCCUCGAGACAGACGCAUUCCUCCUGCUCGUGCUCGAGUAUGUCCCUGGCGAGGAUCUCUUUUAUUUCCUUGAGCAGGCACGGGAUCACUAUGCACCCACUCCCACAGGCAGCGACGAGAGCCUCAACACCACCGGUUUAGAGAGCAAGACACCCCCCACUCCCUCUCUCCUCGCUACCCUACAUCCCUCUGCAUUGCUAAGCCAUACACGGCUCAGACUCAUCGCAAGUAUGUUCUCCCAAAUGUGCGAUGCAGUCGCAGCCUGCCAUGAUCAGCGUGUCUUCCACCGCGAUAUCAAGCCAGAAAACUUUAUCGUAACAGAUGGCUUUGCACCUGCCUCUCCGUCCUCCGACCGCAUGGAGCGCAAAGUCCUAGUCAAGCUCACAGACUUUGGACUCAGCACCAACGAGCAGGAAAGCGCAGACAUGGACUGUGGAAGCGCACCCUACAUGAGCUUCGAGUGCCGUAAUAACGUCGCACCCACGUACAGCCCCGAGCGGAGUGACGUAUGGAGUCUCGGUAUCGUCUUGAUCAACAUGUUGUACCACUACAAUCCCUGGACCGACACCUCCGACGGCGCUUGUUCUUCAUUUUCCCUCUUCCGUACACACGGCGCCCAUUUUUUCAUGCAGCGCUUCACCGGCAUGACUUGGCCCGUCGCCGAGUUUCUCACUCAACGCGUAUUUGUCCUUCCCCCAUUCGACACUAGCCACAUGCCCAUCACUGCCAAGCAAUUCGGUGCAUGGAUCAAGGAUCUUCCUGCACUGCUCUCGGACCGCGAGAGCUCGCAUAGAGGGCACAAGCGUGUCCACAGCACUUCAUCGACUCUUGGACACCCGCUGUCAUCGUGCCCGCCCUCGCGUCGUCCAUCAUCCCGCGCUGCGCUGCGCACGCCGCUCGUGUGCAGUCGGUCCUUGAGCAGGGCGCCGAGCGUGGGUGGUGUGUUGGUCGAGGAGCCAGAGGAUCUUUCGAGGGAGCAUGCAUUGUUGCCGCUCGACGACAACGAAGACGAGGAUGGACGUUCUCGCUCGAACAAGAAACGUGGGAAGCGCGGGUCGCGGAAGGGAGUGCAGAAGACCACCACGGACGCAACGCUCGAGACGCUCGCUGUUGCAUCACAGAGCUUGGCACGGGAGAUCAGUCUCGCAAGUCGGGGCGCAAGCCGUUCGUCAUCAAUCGCCCCUGGGGGUGCGGUCAUCGAUCUCAGCAGAAAUGCAAGCCGUGCAUCGAGUCUUGCUCGUCCUUCAUCAACAUCUACAUCCCUCGCACCUGCUCCAGUUCCAGAAGUCGAAAUACCUCGUGCGCCUGUGAAGAAGACGAGCAAAUGGAAAUUGGGUUUCGGAAGCGGAAAGACGGUCGCAGCUACCCCUUCAGAAGAACCUACCCCAGGCACCGCAAGCAACGUUACAAACGUCAUCAUGGGACUCAGCCAACCCACGCCUACGCACAACCCAUACACCAAAUCCUCGCCUUACACCUCCCACAGCAGCAUCAACACCAGUUCCAACAGCAGCAUCAACGCCCCACACACGCCUCUCACACGACAACGUUCCCCAGCGGACGAAGCAUCCACAUGGGCGCGCGGUCGAAGGCCUGGUGCGAGUACGUUCAGCAGUGCUUUUGCGAGCGGCGUUAAUGGAAGCGUGCGUGGACAUUCUCCGCCUGGGAGCGUGAGGAGCAGUAAUUGGCGGAGCUCGAUGAGCAGUGCUAGUACGAGCACGAGUGCUUUUACGAGGUAUAGCAAUUCGAGCGUGAGGAGUGUUUCGACGACGGCUACGAGUGUUUCUAGUGGGAGUGGGAGUUGGAGGGCUGGUGGGCAGGCUGCGCAGGUUCCUAAGAAUGUCAAGAUCAUGAAUGGCGUGCCUUGGGAACUCGACGAGCUUCCGAGACAGUUACAUCCUAAUCCAGUGGGCGACAUCUUCGGGCAGCCUCCUCAACGCAAAUCACGGGCACGCAAAUCGAAGCUGGACACGAUAAGCGAGAGGCCUGCGCCUCUCCGGGACGCAGCCACCAGUACCACAGAUCUAAGCGGUGGAGGAGGAGAGGAAGACUCGCCAAAGAAAGUGCAGAAAGGCCAGAUCAACGCGCUAGCAAAGAUGCUCUCCGCUCUGAGACGCUAG